AUGUCGGACGACGAAAGGGAGGAGAAGGAGUUGGAUCUCUCUUCUGCUGAAGUGGUCACCAAAUAUAAGACCGCUGCUGAGAUCGUUAACAAGGCCUUGAAGCUCGUUAUUUCAGAAUGCAAACCGAAGGCCAAGGUUGUGGACAUUUGUGAGAAAGGGGAUUCAUACAUUAGAGAGCAAACUGGAAACGUGUACAAGAAUGUGAAGAGGAAGAUUGAGAGAGGCGUUGCUUUUCCGACAUGUUUAUCAGUAAAUAACGUGGUCUGCCAUUUCUCUCCACUAGCCAGUGAUGAGUCAGUGUUGGAAGAAGGUGAUAUAUUGAAAAUUGAUAUGGCUUGUCAUAUAGACGGUUUUAUUGCUGCUGUGGCUCAUACCCAUGUACUUCAGGAAGGUCCUGUCUCAGGAAGGGCAGGGGAUGUCAUCGCUGCUGCUAAUACUGCGGCAGAGGUGGCCUUGAGGCUUGUUAGACCGGGAAAGAAGAACAAGGAUGUAACUGAAGCAAUUCAAAAGGUUGCUGCUGCGUAUGACUGUAAAAUUGUUGAAGGUGUUCUUAGUCACCAAAUGAAGCAGUUUGUUAUUGAUGGGAAUAAAGUUGUGCUUAGUUUGUCUAAUCCGGACACAAGGGUUGACGAAGUAGAGUUUGAGGAGAAUGAAGUUUAUGCUAUUGAUAUUGUAGCAAGCACGGGGGAUGGAAAGCCAAAGUUGUUGGACGAGAAGCAGACAACCAUUUAUAAGAGGGCUGUUGACAAGAGUUAUCAUCUGAAGAUGAAAGCUUCUAGGUUUAUUUUUAGUGAAAUAAGCCAAAAAUUUCCAAUCAUGCCAUUCUCUGCUAGGGCUUUGGAAGAGAAAAGAGCACGUCUAGGCUUAGUGGAAUGUGUCAACCACGAGCUCUUGCAGCCAUAUCCUGUUCUACAUGAAAAGCCUGGUGACUAUGUUGCACACAUCAAAUUCACGGUCUUGUUAAUGCCCAAUGGGUCCGAUCGGGUCACGUCUCAUCCACUCCAAGAAUUGCAGGCAACAAAAACAAUUGAUGAUCCUGAAAUUAAGGCCUGGCUAGCCUUGGGCACAAAAACAAAGAAGAAAGGUGGUGGAAAGAAGAAAAAAGGUAAGAAAGGGGACAAGGUAGAUGAGUCAGCUGAAGCUGAGCCUAUGGAAUCAACAAACGGGGCCACUCAAGAUUGA